UGUCAUUUCCUGUCACUUUACAAAAUUUCAAAGGCUAAAAAAUUUAGUCCUCAUCGAACCUUUCACCAUGGCAAGUCUCUACAACGAAUUGAAAACCGAGUGGAGCAAACAUGAUCCAAAUUUGGCUCAUUGUGCCAACUUGCUGGAUGGCUUCAAGCUGGAACUGGUGCGCUCCGACUUUGGCUCACCGCAGGCUUCAUCGAGUUCCAGGCAGAAGGAGCAAUUGAUUCGUUCCCGGGAGAUGUUGGAGAUUGCCGUGGAGCAUAGCAUUGCCACCAAGGAUUAUGCUGCCUUUGAGCGUUACAUGGCCCAGUUGAAUACCUAUUAUUUUGACUAUGACAAGGUCCUGGUGUCAUCGGUGCAUAUGCACAAGUUUAUGGGUCUAAAUCUACUCUAUAUGCUGGCCACCAAUCGGAUUGCUGACUUUCACAUUGAACUCGAACGUCUGCCAUUGCCUUUGCUGACCAAUAAUAAUUUCAUCAAACCGGUAUUGAAUCUUGAAAACUACUUCAUGGAGGGCAGAUACAACAAGAUUUUGCAGGCCAAGAAAUCGCUGCCGGCGGAGAUCUACGCGAAUUUCAUGGAUAUGCUGGUGGAUACGGCCCGCGAUGAGAUUGCCUCGUGCGUGGAGAAAUCCUAUGAGAAGAUGACUCCCAAGUUGGCCGCCCAGCGUCUAGGAUUUCGUCCUGGCAGCAAGGAGCUCUUGGAUUUGGUCGAGCGUCGUCAAUGGAAGAUGGAUGGUGAGGGAAACUACGACUUUGCUGGCCUCAAUGCCAGGCGUGUGGAGAAGGUCUCGGCCAAGGAUAUAGCCAGUAAUAAUCUGUCCUAUGCCCAGGAACUGGAGAAAAUCGUUUAAGGAGCGGGAAAUAUAUAUAUAUAAGUCCCUCCCCCUCUGAUAAUUGUUAUCUUUAAUCCACUCAAGCAGAAAAUAAUGUCGGAAAAAUUUACACAUUCAACGGCAGAAAAAUCAGUAAAGCGGCAACCGGAAAUUUGUCAGAUUUAAUUUUUCACACAUCUCA